UUGGGUCCUCGCGCUCUACCUCUGUCUUGCACGCGCCUAUCGUGUCUGCGUGCUCGCGUGGUUUGCUCUCCGUUUAACCUCGGUACAGCGUUCCGAGGCGACUCGACACGGCCGCUUUCACAUCUCUCUCUCUCUUUCUCGCUCUUCCUCUCUCUCUUCUUCUCUUUCGCUCUCUCUUUCUAUCUCCCGCCUCCCUCCCUCCCUGCUUCUCUCCCUCCUCUUCCUACCUGAUUCAGAGCCGCUCCGACGCUAUGCGUAUGACCGCGUCUCUCUCUGCAAGGCGAGCACCACCAGAGAGAGCCGCACGCUCCUGCUGACCGCCGGCCGCGAGCACUACUCCCAACGCCGGCUGACGAGGCACCCAGGCCGGGCAACGGGGGCAGGAGAGACACCGCUGAGUGCAGUCCGGAGAGUCGGACCUGCGUAGGGAGGGAUCUGCUAAAGGACAACCCUGAAGCCUUCUGUCCCUAGCUUUCACCUCUCCAAACUCCCUCUCUUCCCCCCCCCCCCCCCCCCCUCCCUCCUCUUUUUUUAGAACUUCUCACAGCCGUCUACGUCUUCCUGUCCUCUCACCUGUUCUACUUCCUGCUAACUGGCCAUGGCAUCCAAGCUGAACCCCAACGUCCUGUAUGUGGCGGAGCCUGGAGAGUCCCUGGGAUCACCCCAAGCUGAUUCUGAAAGGACUCAUAUUUCCGGAGAAGCUGGGGAAGAGUCGUCAGACAGCGAAGGAGAGCAAGAGGAGACGUCACACAAGCUGAUCCGCAAGGUGUCCACCUCCGGACAGAUCAGAGCCAAGAAAAGUGUGAAGGAGGGAAUCCUGUUAAAGCAGACAAGCUCCUUCCAAAGAUGGAAGAGGAGGUACUUUAAACUCAGAGGGAGGACGCUCUACUACGCCAAAGACUGCAAGUCCCUGAUUUUUGAUGAAGUGGACCUAUCAGACGCCAGCGUGGCCGAGACCAGCACCAAGAACAUCAACAACAGCUUCACGGUGAGCAAAUCACG